AUGCCCACCGCCAAAUUAUUCAUCUCUCUCCUCUGUUUCUCUCUCCUCACUCUCUCUGUCACCGCCCGCCCCUACGUCCUCGUCCUCUCCCAAGAAGACUUCAAAGACGAACCCCCUUCCGAUCCCGAUUCCUCCCCCGAGUGGGACGAGUUCGGCGACUCCGACUCUUACAAAUCCGAAGAGGAUCUCGACCCUGGAUCAUGGCGCCAAAUCUUCGAACCAACCUCCACCCAACCGCAACCUCAACCUCAAUCCGAUACGGAGGCUCUCUACUACUCCGUCGUGACCAAGCUUAUGACAGGAGACGCGAGGCUAAUCGAAGAAGGCUCUGGUGAGAUUGAGACGGCUGCAGAGUCUGGUUACCCGACGGCACAAUCAGUGUUAGGGUUUUUGUGGGGAAUGGGGCUUUUGAGAGAGAGGAGUAAACAGAAAGCAUUUGUUUAUCAUCAUUUUGCUUCAGAUGGUGGCAAUAUGCAAUCCAAAAUGGCUCUUGCUUAUACCUACACUCGUCAAGAUAUGUUUGAUAAAUCGGUUAAGCUUUAUGCUGAAUUAGCAGAAGUGGCUGUCAAUGGUUUUCUCAUUUCCAAAGAUUCUCCCGUUAUUGAACCUAUUAGGCUACACAAUGGAGCUGAAGAUAACAAAGAGGCACUUAGAAAAUCUAAAGGGGAAGAGGAUGAGGAUUUUCAGAUUCUCGAGUAUCAGGCACAGAAAGGGAAUGCUGCUGCUAUGUACAAAGUGGGACUCUUUUACUACUUUGGGCUACGUGGAUUGAGGCGUGACCAUUCUAAGGCACUUUCGUGGUUCUUGAAGGCAGUGGAGAAGGGAGAGCCUCGCUCCAUGGAGCUUCUCGGAGAGAUAUAUGCCAGGGGAUCCGGUGUUGAGAGGAACUAUACAAAAGCCUUUGAAUGGCUUACUCUAGCAUCUAAGCAUCACCUCUACUCUGCUUAUAAUGGGAUUGGUUAUUUGUAUGUCAAAGGCUAUGGAGUCGACAGCAAAAAUUACACUAAAGCAAAAGAGUAUUUUGAAAAGGCUGCUGAAAAUGACGAGGUUGGUGGCCAUUAUAACCUAGGUGUCAUGUUUCUCAGGGGGAUUGGAGUGAAAAGAGAUGUGCGGUUGGCAUGUAAAUAUUUUAUAGUGGCUGCCAACAAUGGUCAACCAAAGGCUUUCUACCAACUUGCAAAGAUUUUUCAUCUUGGUGUUGGCAUGUUUUACUAG